GCAGGGUGAUGGAGCGGCGUCCGCUCGAAGGUGCACCGCGACCAGGCAGCAGACCGGCGGUCCCCGACUUUGCGGAUGAGCCAAUGCCCACGGAACCCCCGGCCCCGACCUGGAUGGCGGGGUGUUUCCUGCACCAGGACGGACUUUCCCCGAGCCCCAGCAGGAUGGUAAAACUAGAGGGGAAACCAGUACAGGCCUUCUUGGAUUCCGGCAGUUCAGUCACCCUCGUGCAACCGUCCCUGGUACGACCAAGGCCCGAGCAGAAAUCCAAGUUGCCGCUGACGUGUGUGCACGGAGACACCCGCUAUGUACCGGCCCGUACAGUGCGGAUUUCAGCGGAGCCCGGGACCUGGGCCAUCGAGGUGGGCAUUGUGCCGGAUCUCCCCGUACCUCUGCUCCUGGGACGGGACUGGCCGGGGUUCCAGAAGCUCCUCCUCGGAACCAGGACGCCAGGCCGUACCGCCCGGAACGGGCCACGGCGACCCCGUCGGGGACCGCCCAGCCCAAGGCCGGCCUACCUAGCGACGGACAGCGAGAGGGAGGGUGAGUGUCAGCCCGCUAAUCUACCGUCUGUCUACCUUGAUGUGUUUUCCCACAGUGAGACCCCGGGUAGAACCACCGUCAUCGAACACGAGGUCCGCACACCACCAGGAGUCGUGGUCCGGCAGCGGGCCUACCGGAUACCGGAAGCUCGCCGGCCGCACGUGUGA